CCACCCCACCCCACCCAUCCCCGAUGAUUCAUUUUCUUCACUCCUGGAAGCCCCCGCUUGGCGACCCUGCUGGCUUAACUGCAGGCGCCAGGGCGUCCGGCUGGGAGCUCAGUUCCAGAACCUCAGGGAGUUCCAGGGUUGGGCUCUGCUGCACCCGCUGAUGUAAUAAUGAGGAGAUGGGGGGCUUUCUGGCUCAUGGGAGGGGGGCCUCCUCCUGUCUGGCACAGUUGCCGCCGGCUGAUAGGCACAGACAGGCACAUCGUGUUGAGAGAGGGGAGGCGCUGGACUCCACCCCCGCCAGCCUUAAGCUGCCGUCCUGGCCCCUGCAAGACCCCCAGGAAGUCCUGACUUCCCCCUCCCAGCCCGCCCGGCUUUGCUGGUCCCCAAGCCAGCAUGCCUGCCCUUCUGGAGCCGCUCGCUUGGCCCAGCAGGUCUCCCCCCCCCCUUCCUGGCAUGGAAGCAGCUUGGCACGGGGAGCGGCUGCCCCGGGAGGGCCUAGGCAGAGGGGCUUGGCGCGCAGUCCAGACUAAAAAUAGCUGCAGAGUUCCAGCAGAGAGCUGGGGCUUGCUUCCUGCCCCCGCCCCGCUUGCCACCAUGUCUCGGAGCGCUCUGGGCACGUCCUCCCUGGAGGGGCUUCCUGCUGCUUCUGCCUGGCUGGGCUGGGCCCAGCGGGCCACGGGCCUGCUCCGCUGGCUCUCUGGCCUCCUCGGGGGCCUGUGGAGGCAUUUCCCACCCUCCUGGAAAGGCUCCGGGGGUGCCCCCCCGGGCUCACUGCCCGAGGCCUGGGAGAGCUGCCCUGAGCGGAGGGUCUACAGAGCCGGCGAUGGAGACGCCCAGCUGCUCACUGUCCACACCGACCCCCAUAGCUUCCAGGUGGAUCUGGGCCGGCUGGCAGCAGAGAGUGCCUAUUUCGAGGCCCUCUCCAGAUCGCGCAUGCAGGAGGCCGCGGAGGGGCAGCUGCGCCUGGGCCACGUGCCCUCGGAGGCCUUCCGCGCCAUCCUGGAGUGGGUGUUCGCGGGGCGCUUUGGCCUGGCGGAAGAGGGGCGGCUGCUGGCCGCAGUGCAGGCCGCCAGCUACCUGCUGCUGCCCGGCUUCCUGGAGCGGUGCUGGGUGGCGCUGGGCCCCCUGCUGGGCCCCCACAACUGCCUGUCGGUCUUGCGCUUUGCGGAGGCCACCGGCUGCCCGGAGCUGCAGGCCCAGGUGCACGGGUACCUGAGCGCCCACCUCUUGGAACUGGAGGGGCCCGUCCUGGGCCAGUUAGCCCCUCGGCUGCGGGAGGAGCUGGCCCGGCUGCGGCUGCGGGGCCCGGCCAGACUCUGCCUGCUGCGCAAGGAGAAUGUGCGCGUGCCGCCCCCGGCCCAGCUGGAGCCCCUGCGGGGCCUGUACUGCCGCCCCCUGCCCCCCGAGGAAGGGGCCUGGCGCUGGGCCACCCAGCUGCCCUUCCAGGCGGAGAAGUGGAGCUUCAGCACCGCCCAAGUGCUCAACUACCUCUUCAUCGUGGGCGGCUACCGAGAGGAGCGCGGGACUCGGGGCUUCGUCUUCCGCAUGGCCGCCUUCCGCUACAACCCCCUGACGGGCAGCUGGCAGCCCACGGCCACCCCCAGCAAGCGCCGGCGUCACUUCAGCAUGGCGGUGGUCGAGCACCACAUCUACGCCCUCGGAGGCUGGUACCUGGACUCCCUCCUGGCGCCGGACAGCAGCACGUGCCUGUACACAGCCGUGGAGCGCUACGACCCCUGGAGCGACAGCUGGGCCUUUGUCUCCCCCCUGCCCAUGGGGGACUUCUCCUUCAGCGUCUCCCUGUCCCAUGACUUGCCGCUCUGCACGGCCCACGCCGGCUCCAUCUACGCCCUGGGCAGCGUGCAGCGCACGGGCGAGAAGCUCCUCCUGCGUUACGACGUGGCCACGGACUCGUGGCAGGAGCUUCUGCCCACUCUGACCCACACAGACGCCAGCCUGCGAGGGCUCUACUUCCUGGGAGGCACGGAGCCCCUCUACGUGGUGGGCAGCAGCAGCACCCAGGACACGGCGGUGACCUCCUUCUGCCUGGGCCGCCGGCAGUGGGGGCCCGUGUGCUCCCUGCCCAAGUGCAGCUUGGCCGGGCAGGGCCUGGCUCUGGACGGGGUCCUCUACAUGGCCGCCCCCGACCUGGGGGCCGUGCUGGAGGUGGAGCUGGCCGGGCCGGGCUGCUGCCGCCUGCUGCCGCCACCACCCUUCCCCCUCUUCUACGAGGCCGUCUUCCUCCUCCACUUUCCUCUGGCCGCCAAGUGUGGGGGGGAGCCUGCUGCCCUCUGAGGUCGCCCCCCCACCCUGCCUUCCCUCCUCGAUGGGGGGGGGGUUGCUGCUGCUGCUGCUGCUGUCCUGAAACCUGCUCUGGUCAACAUUGGCCAAGAAGGGGGGGGCUCACCCUGCCCUAACACAGCAGUUCAAUAAAACAACACUCGUAAAGACAGCCUUUGGGG